AUGCUGAGACACGAAUACCCUUUGCUCCUCAAAACCAUUGUUUCAUGCUUCAUCACGCUUCAAACUUGCACAGGUCAGAAUACCAUUAAUCCUGAUCAUAAUUGCCCGCCUUCUUCAUGCGGCAAUAUUUCUAAUAUUAGCUACCCUUUCAGACUGAAAAACGACCCACCACACUGUGGCGAUCCCCACUAUGAACUCGACUGCCAAGAUAACACGACCGUGUUGGUAUAUUUGGAAUCUCACAAAUACCUUGUGCAAGAAAUCAACUAUCUCAACCACACUAUCCGCCUAAUCCAUCCCUCCAUAUCACAAAACCACGACAUCUGCUCUUUCCCAAACUACUUUAGUAAUUAUGUGGCGACGCUAGGGGUGAUAAGGUUUGGAAAUUAUGUUGCUUAUAGCUCGCCGUUCGUCGUGCCAACAGAAGGGGGAUUCAAUCUCCUUCCUACACGGAAGAUGAAUUUUAUUAGUUGUCCACAACCCGUCAACAGCUCCCAACUCGUGGAUGUUGGUGCUGAGUGUGGCCAAACGAGUUAUCUCAAUGGGUCGGAUAUUACAAACAAGCACAUGUAUGUAGGUGGCAAGUGUGAUUUAUGUUACAUUGAUGGACAAACUGCAAGAUGUUCCGGAGGUCAACCAUCGUGUGAUUUUGGCACGAUUACGAGGUUUCGGUGCGGUGGCACGUCUCCUAAGUUCCGCUAUGCCUUUUAUGUUUAUACCCUGAAGUUUCAGAAUGGCAUAAAGUAUGGAUUUCUUUCCUACCUUGCACUGAGGACCAUAAUAGGAAUGCUUUGCCUGCUGUGGCUAAUCAUUCACAAGCUCCGGAGACAACAUUUAUCGACAUUCGAGAUAAUCGAAGGCUUCCUACAAAGCAACAACAAUCUCAUGCCUAUCCGCUACUCCUACAGAGACAUCAAGAGAAUGACAAGUGGCUUUCGCCACAAACUCGGCCAAGGUGGCUACGGUUCUGUCUACAAGGGAAAGCUCCGAAGCGGACAAAUCGUGGCCGUCAAAGUACUCCUCACCAAAAACUCCCGAGACGACGGACAAGACUUCAUCAACGAGAUUGCUGCCAUCGGCAGGAUCCACCACGUCAACGUGGUCAAACUCGUUGGCUUCUACGCGGGAAGAAUGUCAAACAAACGAGCACUCGUGUUCGACUUCAUGCCCAACGGCUCACUCGAGAGGUACAUCUUUACCCGCUCGGAGGAAAGUCCGAAACCUCUGAGCUGGGAGAAGAAGUACGAGAUUGCGGUUGGUGUGGCAAAGGGGAUAGAUUAUCUGCACCGCGGCUGCGACAUUCAAAUCCUGCAUUUCGACAUCAAGCCUCACAACAUACUUCUCGACGAAGAUUUCACGCCUAAAAUAUCCGAUUUUGGGCUCGCGAGAUUGUACGCCACCGAGAAAAAUACAGUGACUCUCACGGCUGCUCGGGGGACGAUAGGGUACGUGGCCCCUGAACUCAUCAACAGAAGUAUAGGCGGGGUUUCGUAUAAAGCUGACGUGUACAGCUUUGGGAUGCUGCUUAUGGAAAUGGUUGGGCUGAACAGGGACAUAUUGGGAAAUGACGAAGAAUCUAGCCAGUACUUUCCGUACUGGAUUUACGAUAGGUUUGAUAAAGGCAAGGAUAUCGAGACGGGAGAAGCUUAUGUAGAAAUCGAUGAUGACGACCAUGCGAAAAGAAUAGAAAGGAAGAUGGCUGUGGUUGGCCUGUGGUGCAUACGGAUGAGUCCAGCCGAUCGGCCCACGAUGAGUGAAGUGGUGAAAAUGCUCGAGACUCCGAAUACUGGGACCUUGCAAAUCCCACCUCCGCCAUCUCUGCAGCCGGCUCGGAUAGUGAACUAUAGUACUGAUGGGACAUCGGGAACAGAACCGACCGGUUCCAUGGCAUUGUGGGGUGGUGUUAGUUCGAGUGAGAUCAGUAAUGAUGGUCAUUAG